CCUUCCCAGCUCCGUCUAGGCAUUUAUCAUUAGUAUUUGUAUUAUUAGUAUUAAAUUAUUCGCUUUUGCUUCUCACUAUAAUAAUUUACUAAUGAAGCUAACUUGUUUUCAUGAUCAUUGAACGCACACGCGUACGCUUUUGUUUCUAACUUGGUUCGCCGGAAAAUCAAGACUCCGGCUACCAAAGAUAGUUAGACUGUGUUUUUUUUGCAGCUUUGAAUUGGGUUUGCAGGGAAAUAAAGGAAUAAAGAUUUCGUUAAUCUCUAAGAUAAAUGGCAAAGGGCAGAAGAUUGACGACCAGUCGGAGUGAAAGGUUCUUAGGGAGCUACGGUUACGAUCAUCAAGGUCAAGAAGGGGUCAACGACGCGCCUGAGCUAGGGGAAGAUGAUGUCUGGUCAAUGGUUGACGGGAUGGUCAACAGGGACGCUCAGCUAAUGAACGGUUCUCACGGAGCGUGGAGUCCAAGCGCCGGUUCGGAGAGUAAUGGAAGCUUGAGUAGUUAUAGGAGCCACCGGCAUCCUUCGCUGGCGGACAAUCAGCCUCAUGUGGGGGGCUUGUCGUUGGCCUUCGAAGAUGCUGGUAAGACGACGUCGUCGCACAGGAUCGUCCACCAGCUUCGCGGGGGGCAGGAUGGCAGCGUUUCGUCGCCACAUGGACGACAGAUGGCCACCUCGGCCCCAGUGAACGUACCUGAUUGGUCAAAAAUUUAUCGAGUUGACUCAGUCGAGUCCUUGCAUGACUCUGAUGAAGGGGUAGACGAUCAGGAGGACUCGGAGUGGGUUCCACCACACGAGUACUUGGCGCGUGAGUACGCACGCAGCCGGAAAAUGGCCGCAAAUUCUGUUUUUGAGGGCGUUGGUCGGACUCUCAAGGGCCGAGACCUGAGCAGGGUCCGAGAUGCGGUCUGGAGUCAGACAGGGUUCGACGGCUAAAAUGUCGUUUCGAUCAUUGCUAGAUCAAAAGGCCAAGAUUGAUUACUGAUUAGUCCGGUUGUGGAUUUUCAUUCGUAAAAAGUACUAAAAAUUUAUGACAAAUUUAAAAGAUCAUAUAUUCAGUGUGUCUUGCAUCAAGCAAUCAAAGUGGUACACAGCGAAUUCGCACUUGGCCCAAAUUAGGUGGCCUAAAAAAAAAAAAAAAGCCAAAAGUGGUGUAAUUUUGUUUAUCUUACCAUAUUCUCUUUGCCUUCAAUGAGAUCAUGAAUUUGUGAAUC